AUGCGCAAACCCGGAAUCGAACCGGGGGCCCAACGAUGGCAACGUUGGAUUUUACCACUAAACCAUUUGCGCUAUUUCUUGAAGAACUUUGGCAGAUAA